GUCUUCAGCAGAUGCCUCCAACGCCGCAAGAACCGCAAGCCUCGACAACGCGAGCGGCGGAGGCAUCGGCGAAGGACCCCUCUGCAGGGGAGCAGAUGCGUGCAAGCUUGGAAGACGCCUUGCAGAAGAGGGACAAGAAGAAGAACAGUUCGAAGCUGCGGAUGAAGCCUGCAGCUGCAGCCGCUUGCUUGCAUCGGCCGGCUGCGGCCAAAAAUGCAGCUAAGGCAGCUAAGACACCGAAAAAGCGGCCUGCGGGGCAGAAUGCCGAGCAGCUGUACAAGCCGGGUGACACGAUGAAAAACUUCGCCUCCCGAGCCUAUCACACUGCAAGGCGUCAAGCAGAGAACAAGGGAUUGAGUGAGGAAAAGAUUUAUGAAGCCGCUCGAGCUGCUCAUGCGCUUGCAAGGGAACGCUGGAAUGCAGAUCACUGA